AUGAUCCUGGCCAGGUCUCGACCAUCCCUCUUUAUACCCGCCCUCAUGAUCUUCUGGGGUACUAGCUGUGCCACUAUCGCAGCUGCACAAACUUGGAAACAGCUUGUCGGUCUUAGAUUCCUGCUUGGAAUUGCUGAAGCAGGGUUCAGUCCUGCAGUCAUAUUCAUCAUCUCGAGUUGGUAUCGAAAGCGGGAGCAAUCAAAACGACUUGUUGUCUUCCUCAGCGCUGGUAUCAUGUCUAGCGCUUUUGGAAGCGUCCUUGCUGGCGCCAUUACCAGUGGUCUGGACGGUAAGCUGGGCAUGGCAGCCUGGAGGUGGCUUUUCAUCAUAGAGGGUGUCAUUACUGUUGCUGUCGCAUUCAUUGUUCCCUUUGCACUUCUCGACUAUCCUCUAAACUCGAAGCGACUGAGGCCUGAAGAACGCCAGCUGGCUUAUGCUCGUCUUCGUGCCGACGGUAUCACCAGUCGUAAUGAUGGGAUUGAGCAUGGUCUAGGCCAUUUGGCAGCUUUCAAAGCCGCUGCCACCAACUGGAGGAUCAUUCCAUUGACGCUAGGUUACAUGGUCAUUAUCGGAUCCAUAUCCCUAGCUUAUUUCUAUCCUACCUUCGCCGCACAACUUGGUUAUAACAGAAUAAAUGCCCAAUACAUGACCGCGCCAUUCUACGGUGUUGCUCUUGUGAUUGCUGUCAUGCUUUCCAUCAUUGCCGACAAGCUACCCUCCUACCGUGCCAUCUUCACCUCGGCUGUUCUGCUCUUUUUUGGGUGUUUCUUUUCAGCUCUUUCUGCUGGGAUCACCUCCCCUGCCGCUCGAUACGUCUUCCUGUGCUUCAUCAACACUGCGGGCUGGUCAGCAAAUGCACUGUCUCUGUCUUACACUAGCACAGUUCUUGGACCGGUGGAGCCAGAGGUUCGUGCGAUUUGUCUCGCUAUCAUCAACGGCAUGGGCAACCUAGCUCAGCUAUAUGGAACAUACAUCCUCACAUCAUCAAAAGCCCCAGGAUACGUCAUGGGCUUCUCGGAUGGAAAGAAAGAUUAA